GUAGACACCAAGAGGCAACCGCCUGCUGUGUGCACCCAAACUCAAGCUCAAUCAUUACAUGGCUACUCCAUCUUCAGACACGCCAUCCAGCUCGCCCACAGGAGGCGCUGGAAGCAUGCGGCCGGUUCGGCGGAAGCAAAGGGGCUGGGUGUUCAAGAUUGAUGGCAUCGCGAACCAUGAGAUGACGGAAGAGGACCUGUUUUUCGCCGUCCGUGAGAGGUACACGACCGUCAAACGUCUAGCCCUCAAGAACGCUUCCCCAGGACCAGCAUCAGAAGGGGCCGAACCUGCAUCAAAAAGCACACAUGAUCGAGUCGGGUUCCAGGCAGCAGUAGCUGGUGGCGUCCUGGUCGAGAUUCAGUUCGCAGGCCCCCAGCCCAGCGAGGGUUGCGGCGCGCUCCUGUGCCACCUUCUUCGUGGCACCUCCGUGGAAGCUAGGCCCGUGGAGCUACCGCGCGGUCGCAAGAAAAAUACCGAUGCUAGAUCCGAUGCUGGUGCCGCGGCUGCUGACGGUCAUGUAUUUUCAGGGGCAGGGUAUGGGGGUAGCAUGCUGUUGCCACCGCACCAGGGGUUCGAUGACCAAGGUCUGCUUUUCCCCGGGAUGCAGCAUCCGCUCGGGGGUCACCCGUCCUACUCUGGGUCCGGCGAAGGCCAACACCCGCUGUUCUCGUCGGGCCAUGGUUUCGGCGGCGCCGGCAUGGCCGAGGAGCGCAGGCUGCCGAUAGAGGGGGUCGUGGUCGCGCUGGCCCGCAAGGAAUGUGACUUCGAAGGUCGCCCGCUUCCCGGGGGCGGCAGCGGUAUGACUCCAAGCAGCACUGUCUCCUCGAACGGCCGCGAUACCCACGUUGUGUUCACGGGGCUACACAACACCGGCCAUGACCCCCGGGGCCUGCGCGUCACGGUGAUCUUCGGAGUCGAUGCUGUGCACCAGAUUGCCUGCGUCACGAGCCCUGUCCAGGUCGCAGCCGAUGGGCGGGCGUACUCUCGGGUGUUUUACCCCAGUCUGGAAGACGUCUGGCCGGAGCUGUACUACACGGUUGACGUCCGAGCGGUUGAGGUCGACGUUGCCGUCGAAAUUCUCUCCGACGAUGGUCGCGAGUUCCGGUACGUGGGCCCCCACCUCAAGGUGGGGUACACACGCAUCACGCCCCCCGUCAGCGCCAUGGGAAUGAUUUCGGCGGCCUUUUCGGCAUCGUCCGGAAAUCCGUCCGCAGCCAUGAGGCAGCCCGGUUUCCCGGGGGGCGCCGCCUCUGCGGAGCAGCAGCAGCAAUGGCAGCAGCAGCAGCAGCAGCAGCAGCAAGCAUGGUGGCAGCAGCAGCAGCGACGAGGCCUCUAACAGCCCCUUCGCAAGGUGAACCCUGGUCGGUGGAAUACGGGACUUGGUCCCUCACGUGGGUACCCCGAAUUUCCCUUCCCGUUUGUCCCUUCGAGUUGUAACCGCCGGGGCACCUCUUCUCCAGGCACUCACUGUGUUUUUUUCUUCUCUUGGUGAUUUUAGGUGCAUAUGUUACGCUGUAUGUUCCUGUAGCGAUGUGGCUGGCUCGCAUCUUUACGUGGUAGCCUUCAUCGCCCGCUCGGUUAUCCUUGACGGCGGUCUGUUCUGUGUCAUUGUUGGGUUUGCGGCUGUGGCGCCCCUCGCACGAACAGCUUACAUGUUGUUGGUCUUUCGCGCGAAGGUGGCCACUGCAGCCUCCCCCUCCCCCGUAGUCUAGUGUGUUGGCCAUGUCGUUAUUGCUCUUGGGGAGCGAGCGAUCCCAGCACUAGCGAUCUGGCAACAACCCCCAACUCAAAGGGUUUGUUGAUCAAUGUGUAUCCAUUUGUUUUAUGCAACGUGUAAGCUUUGCUUGGUAAGGACGGAAAGCAGUGUUUCGGUCGCUCUCAGUCCCGACAUGAGUGAGUUCGCCUUUGUUUGUGUUUCGACCCCCGCGGUUGUUUGUCGCCGGUCUGGGGACCUUUCGAAGUUCGCUGUAUCCUCUGCUCUCGUUGUCCCACCAUCGUGAGCAGCUUCUCCCCUCCUUACAAGCUGUUCGACUUCCUAGGCUUGUUGUAUUAGAAACCGUCUUGAUUCCCUUCCGGUGUUGAUGAGAAGACGAGCAUGUGGUUUGGCGUAGUGUCUGGAUAUUUGGAAGCCGCAGAUGAGUCCUACUGUUAUCGCUACUGUCCUGUGCACGGUAUUGUGUUUUCUUCAAGAUGGUGCUGCAGUAUGACAAGCUUGGAUCACCCAAACCAUCGGUACAAGAGAUGGAUGUUGUUGGGUCAAUUGUACGUAUCCCGAACGCUUUUUCUGGUGUUUAAGUACCAUCAUCUUGUUGUGGAAUUUUACAUGUGCAUUGGUUCGUGUCGUACAUUGCUGUGACCCGUCGCACCGUUUGUUCUGGUACUCUUGUUUAGCUUUUUUUUUGUGUGUUUUUUUGUGGUGGAGAUGGUGGUACGUCGCGCACGCAUACUUGGAACGAAAGGUGUCGUCAAAUAACUAGGUUUGAUCGGUUUCAUGUACGCGUGGUGUUGGCGGCCUUUCCCUCCAUCAUGUUUUUUUCUAGUGUUCUUUGUAAUAAUGGCGGGAUGUUAUGGCCUCCCCCUCUGUUCUAUUUAUCGAAUUAUUGUUGCUUGCUAUUUUUCCCUUGGUUUUCUUGCUCUGCUACAUCGGAGAUAGCCUUUGGAAGUUUCUUGUCGUUUCACGCGAACCGUUUCACUUGUUCCGAUAAGGAUGAGUGACGAAUGCGCACUGAAAUAACUGAUGUACACAAGGGCAAGAGGGUGAUGUUUGAUGGGUCUCAGGAAGCCACGUCGAAGGCAGGAGGGCAUCGAUCGUGUCCAGCAUGUUUGCAGCGACUGUAUACUAGGUUCAUUCUGCGGGGCUUUGGAUUGGGUUUCUUCAGCUGAGAGAGCGCAAGGUCAUGGGCUAGGUGUGAACUACGAGGGGCGUGCGUAGAAGAGCUAGCAUCUCAGACGGCCACUGCCGGCGGGGGGAGGGAGGACCGGAGCGUGUGUUGGAGUUCAAAAAGGUGAAAUGUUUUCUGUGGCGAAGAGGAUGACUCGGUUCGCGCUUGAGCGUGCGCAUACAGGCAGCGCAGGUCAGAACUCACAACGUCGGCGCAUCAGCGCUAGGAGGAUCACAAGGAUAUCUAGAUUUGCGCGAGUAGACAAAAAAGCCAGUGCUUUUUUCUUUCUGUCGGACCUGUUGCUCCUGGAGCAACAGUAUGUAACGCUUCUCGUUUGUGUCUUAGGCGCUCUGCGCGAUGCGGGGGGACGAAACAACCGCCUCGUUGUGCCGGUUUCAGCUGCUCCAGGAGUAUCGGCUAUUCGGCCGGGGCCGCUAGUGGGGGUCUGUCCGAGUAGGAAUCGUACGAUAUUAGGGGUCCAACGUGCGUGGCACGAGGCGCUAGGCGCGGGUAGUGGUGGGGGGGGCGUGUGUCUGUCGGUAGAAUUUGGAUACAUGUUGUCACCUCCCCUUGUCUGAGAGCGCUUAUCCCUUUCGGUGCGGUACAAGUAGUGAGGAGGCUAAGGUGUAGGGUGCUCGCAAGGCUAUUAUUGUCCGGUUGGUGAACCUCGAAACAGGUCGGCCUGCAAUCGUGGAAGGAAGCAAAGACGACGCUGGCCGCAGGGGAGAGAUGUCGGAUAGAAUAGUAGUGCAGGGAGAGGGCAGACGGACGGAAGAUCCGGGCAUGUCCAAGGUACAUAACCGGAAUAAAUAUGGAAUACGUAAACAUGGUGCACCUCAAACUAGCGAAGGGAGGGGAGACAACGGCAAAGCAGGGUCGGAAAAUCACCAAGUUAGGCAGGAAUACGAAGCCGUCUCGCUAACUCUCGAUGUUGGUGGGUGCCGAUGGAAAUAGUAUCAUUGGGGGUCUCGGUAUGUUGGGACGGCAAUAUUGGGGACUGGUUUGUUGGCGUGGUAGUGAAGCUUGGAUUAUGAGUGAGACAUGAGGGAAGCGGCCGGUGUCGCACCCUUCGUUACCUUCCAGACUUUGUAGGUAAAAAUAACCGGGCAGAACAUGCAGGGCCGUCCAAGUCAAGUCUCACAUCGUACGCGCAACAGUGCUUGGAGGAGCACAGGGAUAGAUGGACGUAUGAGUAGACAACAGCGCCGGUUUCUGUCUGACCAGUUGUUUCUGGUGCUAGUGUUGUCUUUCUUCCCACCCAUUUCACCUUUUGUUUUUCCAAAUUGUGGGUGGUGUGGGGAAGUCACGAUAACUGGGGUACGAGUACCACGUAGUACCACUCCCUUGACUACAUGUGGAGUGCUAUUUUCGACGAUGGACUGGUGGUACUCAGAGGGUCUGCUGGUUGGAUGUUGAUGGUAGAGUACCAUUGGGGGAUCUCGGAGUAUUGAGACGGCAGUUGUUGGGCCCCAGCCAGUUUGAUGCUAAAUAUGAAACGAGGGAAGCAGCGACCGGUGCCGCGCCAGUGUUACCCUCCAGACCUCGUAGAAAAAAGCAACACGUCAAUGUUUUCAACUUCGGAGAGAAUGGCCCCAUGAAUGGAUGUCUUGCGUGAACAAGAAGAGCAACACCCGGAUGUUUAGUUGAGGGUUACCUGUGGCCUUUGGUCGUCAGCUGCAACCUCGGGUCAGCGAUGAGUGACGCUCAAUAGUGCUUCCGUUCGCUCGAACGGUCCCGAGAGCGGUCCCGACGGGCAUUCAUUCGGUCUGGUUUAGCAGCGAUACCGAUCUGUCGAACGAAUCCACUGCUGUACAAUGCCACAAGUGUCUUGGCCCUCGUCUGUCCACACUGAUUCCUAGGCGAAAUCAUCUGCACGCAACAACAGGUUCCAUGGCAAACAUGUGACCUCGCGGGCAACCGUUACCCGUAACAUCAACCUCUGCGCGGCCAUGUAUAAGGGGCGAGCAGGUGGGCUACAGCAGUUGGCUUUGAAUACAGCGGCGAACUUCUGGGAAGAUUUUGACACAAAGCUGAAAGUUGACAAGUUGCAAGAAGAGUUUUUUUGCCCACCGUGCGUGUGACAAUAAUAUCCAACAACAGCCGGAAGUCUAGUCUAUCGUCUAGUCUAGGCUAGUCUAGUCUAGUCUAAAGUCAAGUAGGUUUCCGCCAUGCAGUGGAUAGUACCUGACAAAAAAAAAAUUAUCCCCUCUACUUGGCACUCCUUUGUUCCUUUCGCUACCACCAUAAGCUUGACUUCUAGCCCUCAGGGACUAUCUUCUUACCAGCGGGAAUAUAACAUAAACGUGCAGUCGUGGUCGACGAACCUACACGCUUGACGGCUGAAGGCUGCAACUGACGGGUUGUAGUUGUGUAACCUCUGCGUCGCCAGCCCCCGUGUGGGCAAACACGCAGCAAGCGUUUAUGUAUGCCACCGAUUGAACGGCUGAAGGGCACCCACCCGCCUUCAAGAACUAGGACAAUGAUGCUCCUUCAGCGGUUAUUUUCUACGUGGGAUGCCAUGGCCCCGGUGGUCUAGUUGGUAUCCCCGAAACCCUCUAGAUAGAGGUCAGGUCAGGGGUUCGAAUCCCGGCGUAAGCGAGCUUUUCUUUCAAAGUGAGUUUUCCCCUCGCUUCCGCUCCUGGCCUCUAGUGAAUAGCGCUAGUUCGCGUGUACACAGAGGGAAGAGAGUGUCGAACUCUUCUCGCAUUAAAAAUCGAAGGCAAAGUACCGCAGGAGGGGAGGGUAGAGAGGGGCUCUCCUGUGUGACCACGGGUUGGAGUAAACGGCAUCAUCAGUGCUGUGAGCGCUGAUUUGAAGUGAAGGCAAAAAAAAAAAUAACAUGUGUUGCGGUUUUGUUUGAGUCAUCUGUUAUAUAGAUAUUAGCUUCUGACACGAUGACUGUUGGAUCUUGGGAGUGUACGAUAAUCAAUUUGAUUGGGAGAUACAGCAUACCACGAUAUCCUGGCUUCGGCUGGGCUUGAAAUAACCCUUUUGCUGUCCUCCGCUCUUUGCAUCAGUGGCUUCCUAGGUUCGGGCGAGGGCAUGUGUGGAGCUAUGGCAGUGUAUGUGUUGCUAUUUUGUUUGAGUCAUCUGUUAUAUAGAUAUUAGCUUCUGACACGAUGACUGUUGGAUCUUGGGAGUGUACGAUAAUCAAUUUGAUUGGGAGAUACAGCAUACCACGAUAUCCUGGCUUCGGCUGGGCUUGAAAUAACCCUUUUGCUGUCCUCCGCUCUUUGCAUCAGUGGCUUCCUAGGUUCGGGCGAGGGCAUGUGUGGAGCUAUGGCAGUGUAUGUGUUGCUAUUUUGUUUGAGUCAUCUAGCUGCUGACACAAUGACUGUUGGAUCUUGGGAGUGUACGAUAAUCAAUUUGAUUGGGAGAUACAGCAUACCACGAUAUCCUGGCUUCGGCUGGGCUUGAAAUAACCCUUUUGCUGUCCUCCGCUCUUUGCAUCAGUGGCUUCCUAGAUUCGAGCGAGGGCAUUUGUGUAGCUGAGAUGUGUGUCUUCGUGAAAGAACAUGUGGAGAGAGUCGUACUGGCAUUCGCAUCAAACGUAUUGGGCAUUUUUCGAAUUUUGGCCCCCUUCCAGGGACCUUGAUUUUUACCCGCUGGCACUGACGUCUUUUAAUUGGUCAGCCGGUUAGCG